UUUUUCUUUACCGGUGCGUGGCGGGCAGGGUCCAGGAUGAGUAAGCUGCUGAUCGUGGACGUAGACUGCGGUGUGGACGAUGCUCAGGCCAUCAUGCUGGCGCUGGCCGCCCCUCACGUGAGAAUCCUGGCCGUCACCUGCGUGCACGGGAACACCACGGUGGAGAACGUGUGUAAGAACACGCUGCGAGUUCUCCAGGCCUGCCAAAGAUUGGAGAUUCCAGUGUUUAAGGGUGCCGAUAAGCCCAUCCUUGGGGACAGCAUCGACGCGGGACACUUCCACGGGCAGGACGGUCUGGGAGACGCCCCUGACCCCGACGCCCCCGGCCUGGACCUCCUCCAGACAGAGCACGCCGUGUCGGCCAUGAUCAGGAUCGUUAACCAGCAUCCCGGGGAGGUGAGCGGAGGGGACCGGCUGCGCGCCGGCUGCUGGGGGGGGCUCUUUCUGCUGAGUAAGCGCUGCGUGCCUCCCCCCCCCCAGGUCUCUCUGGUUGCCACGGCGCCCCUCACCAACCUGGCCCUGGCUGUGAGGAUGGACCCGUCCCUGCCCAGCAAACUCAGAGGGCUCUACAUCAUGGGAGGCAACACCGAGUCUCGGGGGAACACCACGGUCUGCGGCGAGUUCAACUUCGCCGCCGACCCGGAGGCGGCCUACGUGGUGCUGAACAGCUACCUGUGCCCCACCUACCUGGCCUGCUGGGAGUUCACCUGCCACAGCAAGCUGUCCUGGGAGUUCUGCGACGCCUGGCUGGCGCAGAGCGGCCACAAAGCUCGCUUCAUGGAACGGAUCUUCCGCCACAGCAUAGAGGCGUCCAAGAGCGAGCGCUUCGAGAAGGAGUUUGUCGCCGGCUCGGGCUUCGUCUCCUGCGACUCCUACGCCAUGGCGGCCGCCGUGGACGACUCCUUCAUCCUGGAGAGCGAGCGGCACCCGGUCAGCGUGGAGCUGGCGGGCACACACACCAGAGGGAUGAUGGUGGUGGACACUGUGGGCUUUCUGAAGAAGACCCACCAAGCUGUCAUCAUGAAGAAGGUGGACAUGGAGAAGUUCAAGCAGAUGAUGAUGGCUGCUUUAAAAGAAUGACCGGGGGAG